AUAGAAGACUAGAGCAUCAUUGCAGAGUGCACUGAUACUUAGCGUGGAUUCAGCACACACUCUCUUUCACUCACUAGCCUCACAGUCUGACUGUUUCCUGCUCAUUCUCUCUCUCUCUCUCUCUCUCUCUCUCUCUCUCUCUCUGCACAUCACCAGUGAGCAAGAGUGAAGAAGAGGUUGCGAGUUCUGCAGCUCCAGAAGGAGUGGAGGGAAGCAGCCUGCAAAGACGCAGCAUAUAUUUGGGUCAGACAUCACUGGACACCAGGCUUGAGCUCUCUAGCGGACAGCCACCAUGUGUGACUGUUUUCAUCUGGCGUUCCCCAACUGGCACGCACCAGCUGCGGGUGCUGGGCGAAGGCUGACGGGACCAGAACAAGACGUGGAGGAGGAUUCAGUAUGUGCGGAACCUGAGAUUUUAGAGAGUGAAAGACCUCGUCCUCAAGGUUCAUCCCCAAUAGAAGAAUUUCCCAUUGAAAAACAGGCUGAGGACGAUAUCUCUAAUUUGGCACACAAGAGUGGAAGCAACAAAAAAAGCCGAAAAGCCGGCUUUGGAGCUCUGUUUGAUAAGCGCACAUCUGACAAAAUGAAUGAAGCAGAGGACAUGCAGAGUGGUGAAUCUGAAAUGAUUGUAAAAACAGUGAAAGAAGCAUGUGUUGAGGGCUUAGUCGUGACAGGUGGUGGGAAAGAAGGGAUCUUCAUCAAAGAAGUGAAAGUAGAUUCACCUGCUUCCAAACAUCUAAGUGUGAAAGAGGGUGAUCAAAUACUAAGUGCUACAGUAUACUUCGAUAAUGUGUCAUACGAAGAUGCACUUAAAAUUCUUGAGCAUGCUCAACCAUACAAAAUGGAAUUCUGUCUAAGACGCCAAGUGGAACCAACCAUACCAGAAAAUGAUGAAAUUAUACAUCCAAAGGAAAAAGACCAAGGCUCACCAACAAUGAGAAGUCAGAGAAAAAUUAAAAAACAGCAAGAACGCAUCUCAUGGCCAAAGUUCCCUUCCUUUGGCAAGGGACCCAGAGUGCAAUUCAAGAGAUCUCACAGUACAUCAGAAGCAGAGGAACACAGGAAAUUAGAGAUGAGCCCACCAACAAGUGACACUGAAUCCCCACUAAAAUCUCCACUAAAAUGUGCAGAUGGAAAAGACAAGAAAAAAAAGCACAAAGUUAAUCUAAAAGUGAAGAUGAAGGGCCACAGGAGCAAGUCAGUUGAAGAAGCCCAGAGUAAUGAGAAGGAGUUGGUUUGUGACAAUCAACAAGUGGAUGAUAUAUUAGAAGAAAAGAUUCCAGAAGGACAUGAGGAAAAAAUGCUAGAGAUCUCACAGGUACUGGAUGGAAGUGAAAAUAAGGUUUCUCCCAAGACUGUGAAUGAUGAUUCAUUUCAGAGUGUGUCAGUUAUGGAACUCCAUAAGGCUCAUUUAAUUAGUUUAGGCAACACGUUAAAGACUACAGAUAUUUCAGUUGCUCUUGCAGAGGAAGGAAAAAUAGAGAGUUCAAAAAUGAAAGUUAGAUUUCCUCAAAUUAAGAAACCUGAUGUUGGAACAGAGAGCCAUGCGGAAACUAUCAAAGCUUUGUACACAACUUCAGAUACAUCUGCCUGUGACAAUGUUGUAUUAUCACAGACAGGGGUAGAAAUAUCUCAACUUGAAAAUGACAUCAGCAAAGAGGAAAUAGGAAAAGGUAGUUCAGAGAAACAAAUGGAAUCUGGAAAUGCAGAACUUCUCAUGCCAAAUAUAGAUAUUGGUGUAGGAGUAACAAGAACAUCAGUAAGGGAUGGCAAUGAAAAGCAAAGGAAGGAGAAAUCUGUGUUUGAAAAUGAGAGUUAUGGGAUUCGAACCAGAGGUCCAUUGGCAGACAUGGCCACAUCAAAAACCCACUUUGUGAGUACAGUAAAUGGGCUUCAGUUCAUGUCACCAAAAAUGUCUGAGGAACAUGCUGUAGACAAAGAUAUACCUAUAGUGAAAACUUCCAAAUUACCAACACAAACUAAUGAUUUCAUUCUAGCUGAUCUAGCUAAAAGAUCAGAAUCAGAGUUUAAAUUGCCAAAGGUAGAUCAUUUUAAAUUUGCAACCCAUGAACUAAUUAAAAAGACAGAGGUGGAAGAAAUUAGAACGCAAUUACCAAAACGAGAAGAUAUUGAAAUUCCAGGGAUGGAAAAUAAAGAAAUAAAACCGAAUCUUCAGACACCAGAAAUUAAGGUUCCAAAAAUUGAGAAAAUUAUAAAUAUUACAAAGGAAAGAGUAAUCCAGGAUCCACAAGAGUUCAAUGUCGAGGAUGUUAAAGUGGCUGUUUCCAAAUUCCCUGCUUUUAAACUGCCUGAGGGGGACAUAACAGGAGUUCUUGUUCAAAGAGAAAUUGAAAUGAAGUCUGAUAAGUCUACAUUGACCCCUAGGGGAUCACCACAUAAAAUAUCCAUCACAAGUACAGACAGUGGCAUUAUUAUGCCUAAAACUAAAAUAGGUGAAGAAAUGUCUCUAGCUUCUGAUGCUGUAGAUAAGGACAGAGGAAUCAAAAUUCCUGAAGUUGAACUAACUUAUAUUGAUGAGCAGACAUCAACAGCUGUGAUAAAAAUAGCUUACACACCUCCACAGAAAACAGAUUAUGGAAGAUUUGAAGAUUUAAACUUUAAACUUCCAAAGCGGGAAGAUAUUGAAAUACCAGGGAUGGAAGCAAUAAAGGAAUCAAAUUGGAUGUGCACAGCAGAUCUUGACCAAGCUGAAAAGCCAAAAACUAAAAAGCAUGGUGACAAGAAAUGUCAUGAAAAGAAAUCAAAGAAAUCAAAAAUAACAGUUGAAGGAUCUGAAAGCACUAAACCUGAUACUAAGUCUCCAGAUUUUAGUACUGAAUUGCCAAAGAAGUAUUCCUCUAAAACAGAUACUGGAGAACCAAAGAUCCAUGAGAAACAAAAAUUCAAAACUCCCAACAUAGGAGAAUUUGAGAAUAUAGAUGUUCAAAUACAGGAAAGCAAGAUUUUAGAAGACAAUAUGGACUUGCCACAAAAAACAGAAACAAAGUUUGUCAACACAAAAUUUAAAAUUCCCUCAACCACCCUGCCAGAAUUUGGAACUAAAGUUCCAGUGGAAGAAGUAGAUAUCUCUGCAGUGGAUGUUAAAGUGAAAGUUGCUGGAAAAAAAUUACCAGGGAAUAAAAUGAAAUUAUCAGAUGACCCAUCAUUAACAUACUUAGAUGGCACUGAUGCAAAUAAAGAUGGACUGCCUGACAGUGGAUAUGACAGAGCUCAGGACACUGAAACUGAAGGGCAAGGAAGGAAGUUCAAACUGCCAAAAUUUGAGCUCAGUUUUCCUGAAGUAAAAGCACCAAGAAUGAUUUGUACUUCAAAGAAAGAUGAUGACAGUUCUGUAUCAGAGGAAUAUGGUAUCGUGCCUGUUGUGCAUUCACCAAAAGCAGAACCAUCAACUGUAAAACAUGAAGUGAGUGGAGACUUACCAGACACAGGCACUGAAAUAACUGAAGUGAAAAUUAAAAGGCCAGGAUUUUCAUUUCCCAGGUUUGGUAUAUCGAAAUCAGAACAUGCACCCUUAGCAGCGAAUGUCCCAAGUGUUGAUAUGUCUUUACCAGAGGGACAUACACAAAUGGACAAUCUAAACACAAAUAUUGCAAUAUCAGUGAAAGAUGGUAAACAAAAGGAUGCAACAAAGUUUGCUUCUCCAACAAAGUUCAAAAUUCCUUCAAUCAAGUUUCCCAAUUUCGGAGUGAAAGAAAAGGCAACAAUGGAGACUUCUGAUGUGGCUGUUGAUAUUAAAGGACCUGACAUAAGUCUACCGCAUACUGAGCCAAUUUUAGUUGAUAUAAAAGAGCCUGAUGUAGACAAACAAAAGGAAUCUGUCAGUAUGCAAUUUAUUAAUAUGGACAGCCAAAGUGAGGCAAAAGGAAGUAACUUUAAAUUUGGAGUCAGCCUUCCUGAAGUUAAAGGGCAACAAACAUAUAUAAGUUCAGACAAGGCAGAGAUUGACAUUUCUGUACCAAAGGCAAAAGUAGAAAUGCAUCCACCAGAUGUUGAAUUGCAAGGCGUAACAGCUGAAAUGAAAGCCGACCUGCCAGAAGUAGAUUCUAAAGGUCUGGAACUGAAAAUGAAGACACCAGUAUUUACAUUUCCUAAAAUUGAGCUGAGUAAAUCAGAACUGAAGGCUCCCAAAGCUGAUGCGAGUCUCCCAAAUAUUGAGGUGUGUUUGCCUGAAGGAAGUACAGAAAUUGAAAGACCUUCUACAGACUUGAACCUAUCAAUGGAAGAUGCAGAACAAAAAGACCCAACAAAGUUUAAAUUGCCAUCAGUCAACUUCCCAAAGUUUACAACUAAAGGUCCAAAAGCAUCUGUAGAGGUGUCUGAUGUGGAUGCAGAUGUUAAAGGACCUGAAAUAUGUUUCCCAGGUGCAGAGAUGAAAUUAUCAUUUGAUCCAUUGUCUGUGGAUAUAAAAGGGCCUGAUGCAGACAAAGAAUUCAAACCUUUCAGAGUGGAAAUGAAAGAUCAGGAUAUCCAAAUGAAGGAACAAGGGAGUAAAUUCAAAUUGCCAAAAUUUGGAAUCAGCCUUCCUGAAGUAAAAGGGCCAAAAAUAGAUAUAAGUUCAGACAAGGCAGAGAUUGACAUUUCUGUACCAAAGGCAAAAGUAGAAAUGCAUCCACCAGAUGUUGAGGUGCAAGGUGUAACAGCUGAAAUAAAAGCUGAUCUGCCAGAAGUAGAUUCUAAAGGUCUGGAACUGAAAAUGAAGACGCCAGGAUUUUCAUUUCAUAAAAUUGAAUUAAGUAAAUCAGAAGUGAAGGCUCCCGAAGGUGAUGUGAGUCUCCCAAAUGUUGAUGUGUCUUUGCCUGAAGGAAGUAUGGAAAUUGACCAACCAACUACUGAUGUUACCAUACCAGAUGUAGAGAAAAAAGGCCGGUCAAAGUUUGGAUCUCCAACAAAGUUUAAAUUGCCUUCAAUCAACUUCCCAAAGUUUGGAACUAAAGGUCCAAAAGCAUCUGUGGAACUCCCUGAUGUGGAUGUAGAAGUUAAAGGACCUGAAAUAAAUCUACCAGAAGCAGAGAUGAAAUUGAAUGUUGAGCCAUUGUCUGUGGAUAUUAAAGGGCUUGAUGCAGACAAAGAUUUGAAACUGCUCAGUGUGGAAAUGAAAGAUCAGGAUAUCCAAAUGAAGGAACAAGGAAGUAAAUUCAAAUUACCAAAAUUUGGAAUCAGCCUUCCUGAAGUAAAAGGGCCAAAAAUAGAUGUAAGUUCAGACAAGGCAGAGAUUGACAUUUCUGUACCAAAGGCAAAAGUAGAAAUGCAUCCACCAGAUGUUCAAGUGCAAGGUAUGACAGCUGAAAUAAAAGCUGAUCUGCCAGAAGUAGAUUCUAAAGGUCUGGAACUGAAAAUGAAGACGCCAGGAUUUUCAUUUCCUAAAAUUGAAUUAAGUAAAUCAGAAGUAAAGGCUCCCGAAGUUGAUGCAAGUCUUCAAAAUGUCGAUGUGUCUUUGCCUGAAGGAAGUAUGGAAAUUGACCAACCAACUACUGAUGUGACAAUACCAGAUGUAGAGCAAAAAGGUCGUUCAAAGUUUGGUUCUCCAACAAAGUUUAAAUUGCCUUCAAUCAACCUCCCAGUGUUUGGAAUUAAAGGAUCAAAAACAUCAGUAGAGCUCUCUGAUGUGGAUGUUGAAAUUAAAGGACCUGAAAUAAAUCUACCAGAAGCAGAGAUGAAAUUGUCAGCUGAGCCGUUGGCUAUAGAUAUAAAAGGGCCUGAUGCAGACAAAGAAUUGGAACCUUUCAGAGUGGAAAUGAAAGAUCAGGAUAUCCAAAUGAAGGAACAAGGGAGUAAAUUCAAAUUACCAAAUUUUGGUAUCAGCCUUCCUGAAGUAAAAGGGCCAAAAAUAGACAUAAGUUCAAACAAGGCUGAGAUUGAUAUUUCUGUACCAAAGGCAAAAGUAGAAAUGCAUCUACCUGAUGUUGAAGUGCAAGGCGUAACAGCUGAAAUAAAAGCUGAUCUGCCAGAAGUAGAUUCUAAAGGUCUGGAACUGAAAAUGAAGACUCCAGGAUUUUCAUUUCCUAAAAUUGAAUUAAGUAAAUCAGAAGUGAAGGCUCCCGAAGGUGAUGUGAGUCUCCCAAAUGUUGAUGUGUCUUUGCCUGAAGGAAGUAUGGAAAUUGACCAACCAACUACUGAUGUGACAAUACCAGAUAUGGAGAAAAAAGGCCAGUCAAAGUUUGGAUCUCCAACAAAGUUUAAAUUGCCUUCAAUCAACUUCCCAAAAUUUGGAACUAAAGGUCCAAAAGCAUCUGUGGAACUCCCUGAUGUGGAUGUAGAAGUUAAAGGACCUGAAAUAAAUCUACCAGAAGCAGAGAUGAAACUGUCAGCUGAGCCAUUGUUUAUAGAUAUAAAAGGGCCUGAUGCAGACAAAGAAUUGGAACCUUUCCGACUUGAAAUGAAAGAUCAGGAUAUCCAAAUGAAGGAACAAGGGAGAAAAUUCAAAUUACCAAAUUUUGGAAUCAGCCUUCCUGAAAUAAAAGGGCCAAAAAUAGAUAUAAGUUCAAGGGCGGCAGAGAUUGACAUUUCUGUACCAAAGGCAAAAGUAGAAAUGCAUCCACCAGAUGUUGAAGUACAAGGUGUAAAAGCUGAAAUAAAAGCUGAUCUGCCAGAAGUAGAUUCUAAAGGUCUGGAACUGAAAAUGAAGACUCCAGGAUUUUCAUUUCCUAAAAUCGAAUUAAGUAAAUCCGAAGUUAAGGCUCCCAAAGGUGAUGUGAGUCUCCCAAAUGUUGAUGUGUCUUUGCCUGAAGGAAGUAUGGAAAUUGACCAAACAACUACUGAUGUUACCAUACCAGAUGUAGAAAAAAAAGGCCGGUCAAAGUUUGGAUCUCCAACAAAGUUUAAAUUGCCUUCAAUCAACUUCCCAAAAUUUGGAACUAAAGGUCCAAAAGCAUCUGUGGAACUCCCUGAUGUGGAUGUAGAAGUUAAAGGACCUGAAAUAAAUAUACCAGAAGCAGAGAUGAAACUGUCAGCUGAACCAUUGUCUGUGGGUUUAAACGGGCCUGAUGCAGACAAAGAAUUUAAACUGCUCAGUGUGGAAGUAAAAGAUCAGGAUAUCCAAAUGAAGGAACAAGGAAGUAAAUUCAAAUUACCAAAAUUUGGAAUCAGCCUUCCUGAAGUAAAAGGGCCAAAAAUAGAUAUAAGUUCAGACAAGGCAGAGAUUGACAUUUCUGUACCAAAGGCAAAAGUAGAAAUGCAUCCACCAGAUGUUGAGGUGCAAGGUGUGACAGCUGAAAUAAAAGCUGAUCUGCCAGAAGUAGAUUCUAAAGGUCUGGAACUGAAAAUGAAGACUCCAGGAUUUUCAUUUCCUAAAAUUGAAUUAAGUAGAUCAGAAGUGAAGGCUCCCGAAGGUGAUGUGAGUCUCCCAAAUGUUGAUGUGUCUUUGCCUGAAGGAAGUAUGGAAAUUGACCAACCAACUACUGAUGUGACAAUACCAGAUGUAGAAAAAAAAGGCCGGUCAAAGUUUGGAUCUCCAACAAAGUUUAAAUUGCCUUCAAUCAACUUCCCAAAGUUUGGAACUAAAGGUCCAAAAGCAUCUGUGGAACUCCCUGAUGUGGAUGUAGAAGUUAAAGGACCUGAAAUAAAUCUACCAGAAGCAGAGAUGAAAUUGUCAGCUGAGCCGUUGUCUAUAGAUAUAAAAGGUCCUGAUGCAGACAAAGAAUUGGAAUCUUUCAGUCUGGAAAUGAAAAGUCAGGAUAUCCAAAUGAAGGAACAAGGGAGUAAAUUCAAAUUGCCAAAUUUUGGAAUCAGCCUUCCUGAAAUAAAAGGGCCAAAAAUAGAUGUAAGUUCAAACAAGGCAGAGAUUGACAUUUCUGUACCAAAGGCAAAAGUAGAAAUGCAUCCACCAGAUGUUGAGGUGCAAGGCGUAACAGCUGAAAUAAAAGCUGAUCUGCCAGAAGUAGAUUCUAAAGGUCUGGAACUGAAAAUGAAGACUCCAGGAUUUUCAUUUCCUAAAAUUGAAUUAAGUAGAUCAGAAGUGAAGGCUCCCGAAGGUGAUGUGAGUCUCCCAAAUGUUGAUGUGUCUUUGCCUGAAGGAAGUAUGGAAAUUGACCAACCAACUACUGAUGUGACAAUACCAGAUAUAGAGAAAAAAGGACGGUCAAAGUUUGGAUCUCCAACAAAGUUUAAAUUGCCUUCAAUCAACUUCCCAAAAUUUGGAACUAAAGGUCCAAAAGCAUCUGUGGAACUCCCUGAUGUGGAUGUAGAAGUUAAAGGACCUGAAAUAAAUAUACCAGAAGCAGAGAUUAAAUUGAAUGUUGAGCCAUUGUCUGUGGAUAUUAAAGGGCUUGAUGCAGACAGAGAUUUGAAACCGCUCAGUGUGGAAGUGAAAGAUCAGGAUAUCCAAAUGAAGGAACAAGGAAGUAAAUUCAAAUUACCAAAAUUUGGAAUCAGCCUUCCUGAAGUAAAAGGGCCAAAAAUAGAUGUAAGUUCAGACAAGGCAGAGAUUGACAUUUCUGUACCAAAGGCAAAAGUAGAAAUGCAUCCACCAGAUGUUCAAGUGCAAGGUAUGACAGCAGAAAUAAAAGCCAGCCUGCCAGAAGUAGAUUCUAAAGGUCUGGAACUGAAAAUGAAGACGCCAGGAUUUUCAUUUCCUAAAAUUGAAUUAAGUAAAUCAGAAGUAAAGGCUCCCGAGGUUGAUGCAAGUCUUCAAAAUGUCGAUGUGUCUUUGCCUGAAGGAAGUAUGGAAAUUGACCAACCAACUACUGAUGUGACAAUACCAGAUGUAGAGCAAAAAGGUCGUUCAAAGUUUGGAUCUCCAACAAAGUUUAAAUUGCCUUCAAUCAACCUCCCAAUGUUUGGAAUUAAAGGUCCAAAAGCAUCUGUGGAACUCCCUGAUGUGGAUGUUGAAAUUAAAGGACCUGAAAUAAAUCUACCAGAAGCAGAGAUGAAAUUGUCAGCUGAGCCGUUGUCUAUAGAUAUAAAAGGGCCUGAUGCAGACAAAGAAUUGGAACCUUUCAGAGUGGAAAUGAAAGAUCAGGAUAUCCAAAUGAAGGAACAAGGGAGUAAAUUCAAAUUACCAAAAUUUGGAAUCAGCCUUCCUGAAGUACAAGGGCCAAAAAUAGAUGUAAGUUCAGACAAGGCAGAGAUUGACAUUUCUGUACCAAAGGCAAAAGUAGAAAUGCAUCCACCAGAUGUUCAAGUGCAAGUCGUGACAGCUGAAAUAAAAGCUGAUCUGCCAGAAGUAGAUUCUAAAGGUCUGGAACUGAAAAUGAAGACUCCAGGAUUUUCGUUUCCUAAAAUUGAAUUAAGUAAAUCAGAAGUUAAGGCUCCCAAAGGUGAUGUGAGUCUCCCAAAUGUUGAUGUGUCUUUGCCUGAAGGAAGUAUGGAAAUUGACCAACCAACUACUGAUGUGACAAUACCAGAUGUACAGCAAAAAGGUCAUUCAAAGUUUGGUUCUCCAACAAAGUUUAAAUUGCCUUCAAUCAACUUACCAAAGUUUGGAACUAAAGGUCCAAAAGCAUCUGUGGAACUCCCUGAUGUGGAUGUAGAAGUUAAAGGACCUGAAAUAAAUCUACCAGAAGCAGAGAUGAAACUGUCAGCUGAGCCAUUGUCUAUAGAUAUGAAAGGGCCUGAUGCAGAUAAAGAAUUGGAACCUUUCCGACUUGAAAUGAAAGAUCAGGAUAUCCAAAUGAAGGAACAAGGGAGAAAAUUCAAAUUACCAAAUUUUGGAAUCAGCCUUCCUGAAAUAAAAGGGCCAAAAAUAGAUAUAAGUUCAAGGGCGGCAGAGAUUGACAUUUCUGUACCAAAGGCAAAAGUAGAAAUGCAUCCACCAGAUGUUGAAGUACAAGGUGUAACAGCUGAAAUAAAAGCUGAUCUGCCAGAAGUAGAUUCUAAAGGUCUGGAACUUAAAAUGAAGACGCCAGGAUUUUCAUUUCCUAAAAUCGAAUUAAGUAAAUCAGAAGUUAAGGCUCCCAAAGGUGAUGUGAGUCUCCCAAAUGUUGAUGUGUCUUUGCCUGAAGGAAGUAUGGAAAUUGACCAACCAACUACUGAUGUGACAAUACCAGAUGUAGAGAAAAAAGGCCGGUCAAAGUUUGGAUCUCCAACAAAGUUUAAAUUGCCUUCAAUCAACUUCCCAAAGUUUGGAACUAAAGGUCCAAAAGCAUCUGUGGAACUCCCUGAUGUGGAUGUAGAAGUUAAAGGACCUGAAAUAAAUCUACCAGAAGCAGAGAUGAAAUUGAAUGUUGAGCCAUUGUCUGUGGAUAUUAAAGGGCCUGAUGCAGACAAAGAUUUGAAACCGCUCAGUGUGGAAGUGAAAGAUCAGGAUAUCCAAAUGAAGGAACAAGGGAGUAAAUUCAAAUUACCAAAAUUUGGAAUCAGCCUUCCUGAAGUAAAAGGGCCAAAAAUAGAUAUAAGUUCAGACAAGGCAGAGACUGACAUUUCUGUACCAAAGGCAAAAGUAGAAAUGCAUCCACCAGAUGUUGAGGUGCAAGGCGUAACAGCUGAAAUAAAAGCUGAUCUGCCAGAAGUAGAUUCUAAAGGUCUGGAACUGAAAAUGAAGAUGCCAGGAUUUUCAUUUCCUAAAAUUGAAUCAAGUAAAUCUGAAAUAAAGGCUCCCAAAGGUGAUGUGAGUCUCCCAAAUGUUGAUGUGUCUUUGCCUGAAGGAAGUAUGGAAAUUGACCAAACAACUACUGAUGUUACCAUACCAGAUGUAGAAAAAAAAGGCCGGUCAAAGUUUGGAUCUCCAACAAAGUUUAAAUUGCCUUCAAUCAACUUCCCAAAGUUUGGAACUAAAGGUCCAAAAGCAUCUGUGGAACUCCCUGAUGUGGAUGUAGAAGUUAAAGGACCUGAAAUAAAUAUACCAGAAGCAGAGAUGAAAUUGAAUGUUGAGCCAUUGUCUGUGGAUAUUAAAGGGCUUGAUGCAGACAAAGAAUUGGAAUCUUUCAGUCUGGAAAUGAAAAAUCAGGAUAUCCAAAUGAAGGAACAAGGGAGUAAAUUCAAAUUACCAAAAUUUGGAAUCAGCCUUCCUGAAGUAAAAGGGCCAAAAAUAGAUAUAAGUUCAGACAAGGCAGAGAUUGACAUUUCUGUACCAAAGGCAAAAGUAGAAAUGCAUCCACCAGAUGUUGAGGUGCAAGGCGUAACAGCUGAAAUAAAAGCUGAUCUGCCAGAAGUAGAUUCUAAAGGUCUGGAACUGAAAAUGAAGACGCCAGGAUUUUCAUUUCCUAAAAUUGAAUUAAGUAAAUCUGAAAUAAAGGCUCCCAAAGGUGAUGUGAGUCUCCCAAAUGUUGAUGUGUCUUUGCCUGAAGGAAGUAUGGAAAUUGACCAACCAACUACUGAUGUGACAAUACCAGAUGUAGAGAAAAAAGGCCGGUCAAAGUUUGGAUCUCCAACAAAGUUUAAAUUGCCUUCAAUCAACUUCCCAAAGUUUGGAACUAAAGGUCCAAAAGCAUCUGUGGAACUCCCUGAUGUGGAUGUAGAAGUUAAAGGACCUGAAAUAAAUCUACCAGAAGCAGAGAUGAAAUUGAAUGUUGAGCCAUUGUCUGUGGAUAUUAAAGGGCUUGAUGCAGACAAAGAUUUGAAACCGCUCAGUGUGGAAGUGAAAGAUCAGGAUAUCCAAAUGAAGGAACAAGGAAGUAAAUUCAAAUUACCAAAAUUUGGAAUCAGCCUUCCUGAAGUAAAAGGGCCAAAAAUUGAUAUAAGUUCAGACAAGGCAGAGAUUGACAUUUCUGUACCAAAGGCAAAAGUAGAAAUGCAUCCACCAGAUGUUCAAGUGCAAGUUGUGACAGCUGAAAUAAAAGCUGAUCUGCCAGAAGUAGAUUCUAAAGGUCUGGAUCUGAAAAUGAAGACUCCAGGAUUUUCAUUUCCUAAAAUUGAAUUAAGUAAAUCGGAAGUUAAGGCUCCAAAAGGCGAUGUGAGUCUUCCAAAUGUUGAUGUGUCUUUGCCUGAAGGAAGUAUGGAAAUUGACCAACCAACUACUGAUGUGACAAUACCAGAUGUAGAGCAAAAAGGUCGUUCAAAGUUUGGUUCUCCAACAAAGUUUAAAUUGCCUUCAAUCAACUUCCCAAAGUUUGGAACAAAGGGUCCAAAAGCAUCAGUGGAGUUUUCUGAUGUGGAUGUAGAUGUUAAAGGACCUGAAAUGAAUCUACCAGAAACAGAGAUAAAAUUGCCAGCUGAACCAUUGUCUGUGGGUUUAAACGGGCCUGAUGCAGACAAAGAAUUUAAACCGCUCAGUGUGGAAGUAAAAGAUCAGGAUAUCCAAAUGAAGGAACAAGGAAGUAAAUUCAAAUUACCAAAAUUUGAAUUUAGCCUUCCUGAAAUAAAGGGACCAAGACUUUAUGGAACUUUAGACAAGGCGGAUAUUGACAUUGCUGUACCAAAGGCACAAGUAGAAGUUCAUCCAGCUAAUGUUGAAGUUCAUGGUGUAACUGCUGAAAUGAUAGCAGACCUGCCAGAAGUAGAUUCUAAAUAUGCUGAAGUGAAAAUGAAGACUCCAGUCUUUUCUUCUCCUGGAAUUGGAUUUGGUAAACCAGAAGUUAAGCUUCCUGAAGGUAAUGCGAGUCUCCCAAAUGUUGAUGUGUCUUUGCCUGAAAGAAGUAUGGAAAUUGACCAACCAACUGCUGAUGUGACAAUACCAGAUGUAGAGCAGAAAGGCCGGUCAAAGUUUGGAUCUCCAACAAAGUUUAAACUACCAUCAAUCAGCUUCCCAAAGUUUGGUACUAAAGGACCAAAAGCAUCGGUAGAGGUCUCUGAUGUGGAUGUAGAUGUUAUAAAACCUGCCAGAAGUCUACCACAUGCAGAGAUAAAACUUUCAGCUGAGCCACUCUCAGUAAACAUAAAAGGGCCUGAGCUAGACAAAGAAAUUAAAUCAGUCAGUUUGGAAAUGAAAGAUCAGGAUAUCAAAACAAAGGAACAAGGGAGUAAAUUCAAAUUGCCAAAAUUUGGAAUCAGUCUUUCUGAAGUAAAAGGACCAAAGUUUGAUGUAACUUCAGACAAGGCAGAGAUUGACAUUUCUGUACAAAAGGCACAAGUAGAAGUUUAUCCACCUAACGUUGAAGUAGAAGGUGUAACAGCAGAAGUGAAAGCUGACCUGCGAGAAGUAGAUUCUAAAGAUAUUGGUGUGAAAUGUAUUAUAUCUGACAGUAAGACAAACAAUGAAGUAGCCAAAGCAGAGUUGGAUUCCCAAGAGGGAAAAUGUGGCAAUGAGGACACAGCUGUUGACAGUAAUGCUCUUGAUGUCAUCUUAGAACCAACACAAAAGUAUAAAGAAGGAGACAAGAUGUCCUCCAAAUUUAUAUUGCCAACACUUCGUGAUGUGUUCAGUGGCUUUGAAGUUGAAUUUAAUGUACCUACAUUUGAUGAAAUUGAAGAAACAAAGAAAAAAAUUUCAGAUCCUCCAGUUCAGAUCCCCCUUCAGUUGCCAUCUCCAAUCAAAGACAAUGAAAAAAUAACUUUCCAACUCCGAAAUAAAACUGAACAUAGUCCACAAACCGACAUUGAGUCCAGGAAAAGUUUUACAAGAGAUACAAGAGAUAUUGAUGAGGACAAUGUCAGUCCUACAUUGUCACUGAGUUCAUCUGAUGCUUUUGCUGAUGUAAGUUCUGCACUUACAUCUGAACAGAUUGGCCUGUCGCUGACCAGCCCUACAAAGGUCAAAGUAAAAUAUUCAGAGCCCACUGCUAAUGCAGAAGUAAGUGAUGUACAUGGUGAUAUCAUUACUUCAACAGCCAGGACUCAAAUAAUAUCUAUGGAGCCUCAUCAACCAGAGAAAGUAAACAUUCCAUUUUCUUCUGAAACAUCAUCUUCCUCAGUGGAUACUCUGAAACAAAUGUCAGGACACAUAGUUGUCUCAAAUGUACAAAAUGUGUCUAAAACCGAACAUGCUACAAUUCUCACCAAAGUAGAUACACAAACUUUGCCUCCAGAAAAAGCCACAGACUCAAUGUUUUCAGUUGAGGAAACAAUAAUGAGAACAGGACAUACAAUAGUGGAGAAGCAUGUUGUAAAGGAAAUCUUUGGUGAUGACAAAGAGAAAAUAUUUGUGACACAGAGAAUACAGGUUUAUGAAGGAGACUCUACUGAGCCUAUCUCUGAUGAUACCGCAUCCUCAAUUCAAAAGUUAAGAGACAGUGUACACACUGAAAAAAUUAGAUUUUUUGAGGAGGCAGAGUCAAGUCAAACAAUUUUAAUGACCACUGAAACAUUACUAAGGCAUGCAGAUUCCUCCCCAGAUGAGAAUGGGGAGAAAUGAUUUGAGCUGUCAUGUUUACAAUGAUUAGAAUAUACAGAAUUAUGGCUGUGUAAACCAGUUAAAUCAGUGUGGUCUCACAAAUCCUACACAUUUUCUGUAAGAUUGGGUUGGUAUUAUACUUUAGAAUUCAUUUUUAUUAAUUGUGUAACUAAAUGUGUUGUGAAAACAUACCCAAUUUAGGGAUAGCAUAAUGGCAUAAUUAAAUAAGUUUGGUUAGUUAAUAUUAGAAUACUCAGUAUAGAGGAACAUGGGCAUUCAGUAUCCAUUACAGUAAAACUAUUCUCUGCUGAAAUUGUUUACAGCACUCUCUUGGUCAUAUACAAGUAAAAUAUAACUGUGUCACAUUUAGAGAUAUUUAUGGCAAAAUAUAUAAUAUAUGUGACUAUUGAAAAGUAAUAAUAGUACAAUACGUUUUGCAAAAAUAUCAGUUUCAUUUUAUUAUUGUGUUUCAGUGUGCUAUAAUCAUGAUUAAGCAUCUUAGAUUUUGCAGCUUUGUGGAGUCAAAGUGCAUUUUUAAAAUUUGUUCACAUAAGGUCUCUUCCAUGUCAUACAGUAUUGUAAAACACAAUAUAUUUACAUCUAAAUGAUUACUGUAUUAAAAUAUUAGCAUAUGACAAUAAAUCUUGUAAAAUAAAAAUAGAUAUCUAAUUGUUAUCUUGAAUAUACUUGUUUUUUGUUUUGUUUUGUUUUUUUAUGAAAACCAGAGACUUUGUUUAUGCUCUCAUUCUCUUCGUUCUCUGAAUGUGCACCAAAUAUGUUAGAUGAUUCAUCUAAAACCAAGUAUCCUGUAUCAGUUCUGUAGCAAAUGCACUCAAUGGCCAAAGGUAUGUGGACACCUGACUGUCACACCUGACACAAUUUCCAAAGUUUUGCCUCUGUUUACCACCAUAAAACAUUUGAAAUUAUAUGGUUGGAGUGUAAACAUUCAACUUUAAAUCUAAAGGUUUAACAAAAAUAUUGUGUUAACCAUUUAGUUUUUUUUAAAU